CGACCUUUCUCUCUCACUGGCCAGCAAAUCCAUACUCUGGGUACCUUGACCAUAAAUUGGGCGGACAACACUUUGCUUCUGCCUGCUUCAUUCCAUAUAUCCUCCCCCUCUCGAUCCGUCUUUUCGCCUCGUUCCCACCGCUCCGUCACGGUGCGCAGCAUCGCCCCCGUUGCUUAGCCAUGGCCGAUCAAUUCAAGGCGCGAACGCUCAAGCGCAAGAAUGUCAAGGGUCUUGCCCUGAAUGCCGCCCCAAAACCCACGGCCAAUAACUCCGAUGGCGAUGGUCAGGCCUCGGGCGCCGCGGGAAAUGGCGAAAGCAAUCGUACCGAUACCCUGGAAAUCGGGCUCGAAUUCCGACUUGAUCUGCGUAGCGAGGAUCUGGUAACCUUGAAGGAGCUUGGAGCAGGAAAUGGAGGCACGGUCUCUAAGGUCAUGCACGCCUCCACGAAGGUGGUCAUGGCUCGAAAGAUCAUCCGUGUCGAUGCGAAGGAGAAUGUGAGAAAGCAGAUCUUGCGGGAGCUUCAAGUGGGACAUGACUGCAAUUCGCCCAACAUUGUCACCUUCUACGGUGCGUUUCAGAACGAAGCCCGGGACAUUGUGUUGUGUAUGGAGUACAUGGAUUGCGGCUCGCUCGACCGAAUCUCCAAAGACUUCGGCCCCGUGCGUGUCGACGUGCUGGGCAAGAUCACCGAGUCCGUUCUGGCAGGCCUGGUGUAUCUCUACGAAGCCCACCGCAUCAUGCACCGUGACAUCAAACCGUCCAACGUUCUCGUCAACUCGCGCGGCAACAUCAAGCUGUGCGAUUUUGGCGUCGCGACUGAGACGGUCAACUCGAUUGCAGAUACGUUUGUCGGCACGUCAACCUACAUGGCCCCCGAGCGUAUUCAGGGCAGUGCGUACACCGUGCGCUCGGAUGUGUGGAGUGUGGGAUUGACAGUGAUGGAACUGGCGGUUGGUCGCUUCCCCUUCGAUACAUCGGACUCGUCGGCCGGCGACCGCGCCAGUGCCGGACCGAUGGGCAUUUUGGAUCUACUCCAGCAGAUCGUCCAUGAGCCGGCUCCCAAGCUGCCCAAGAGCGACGCUUUCCCUCCCAUCCUGCACGAGUUCGUUGCCAAAUGUCUCCUGAAGAAGCCCGAGGAACGCCCGACGCCUCGCGAGCUUUACGACAAGGAUGCUUUCCUGCAGGCCGCCAAGCGGACUCCGGUUGAUCUCCAGGAAUGGGCGAUCAGCAUGAUGGAGCGACACAACCGUAAGUCGUACUUGGCACCUCCGCCGCCCAAGUCGCUCAAGGAAGAGCCUCCGGUGUCGCAGUCCACGCCAUCCCCGAAGCCCCAGGCCAGCAGCAAGCCGGCUCGAACUCCUCAGUUCAUCCCCGGUGCGGCCCCCGGCGACGUUCCCUUCAACAACAUCAUCAACAACAACAACAACAACAUCGGCCGCGACAGCCCUUCGCACUACCAGUACAACUACCCCGCCAACCCGUCGCCUCGUCCGACCCGGUCGACGCGCUCACCUCCCAUCUCCCUCGAGCAUCUGUCGUUAGAGGAUGAGUACCGGUCCGGCCGUCGUCCCUCGCGGACUCCCGUCGGGGGGGCGUCUUCUGCGCUGGAGCCUCCUAUGCAUCUGUCGAUGGGGUCUCGCUCGGCCAGCUCGCACAAUACAAAGUCACGAAUGCCUCUGCAGUCGGCGGCAUUGCCCGUGCGCGGGCCUCCCCCCAGCGGGCCUCCACCUCCAGCUCCUGGCAGCGGAUCCUGGCAGCGCCAGCCGGGCUCCAUGCGGGGAGACCAUAUGACGGGGGCUGUCUAGGCAUCUUCCACAACAUCUUCCCUUCCCUUCCCUUCUCUUUCCCUUCUUAUUUUCCUUUAGAAUCGCUAAUCGUGGAUGACGACCAAACAACCCACACCGCUGCUUGCUUGACCAUGUAUCCGACCCAUUUAUGUCCAUGACACUUUUGCAU